CGACCGCCUCGAGUAUAAAAGGGAGGUGACCGAUUCAUGGUUACCAGACGUGGUUGUUCUACCUACACAACAGAACCUUCCGCUCUCUCGGCAUCAUGAAAGCAGUGACCCUCAUGCUGGUGGUGGCUUUGGUCCUGACGGGGCUGGUGUGUGUGCAAGCCAUGCCCGAAGCCUUACCUGACCCUGACCCUGUCGCUGACGCCAUUGCUGACCCUGAUCCCCAUCGUAGGUACCGAGGUGGACAUGGCUACGGUGGUUUCCGUGGUGGCUACGGGGGUGGCUACAGGGGUGGCUACGGAGGUGGCUUCGGACAUUUCGGCUGAGCGAAAGAAGAGAAUGGCGUGGUGCACAGACCCUCAAGUCCCGAAAGAUUAUUUCAUAAGGAAUAAUGUCAAAAGUAGUAAAAUGGAUCCCCACCAGCACCCCAGCCGCCGCCGCCACCACCCUGCUCCUCCUACCCCUGUCUACAACAUCAGUUUUCGGCGUGUUUGGUUGUAGUUUUAAAGACAAUGAAAACUUACUCUCGCAAAUAAAAUAACAUUACUAUGAAGUUAUUUAACUUACAACUGCAAAAAAUAAAGUUAAGAAAAAAUCUA